UCCUUCCUCUCCGCGCUGGCAUGGCUGCUAGUCGCGUCCUCCCUUCGCUCGCCUGCCCCUCUAGCUCUCGACUUGCUGUCCGUUCGACAGCUCUGUCACUACACCAACUCACGCACCUCGGUGACCAGACUCAAUGGCGCCCCAUCCAGUUGAACGCAGCUACGGCCUUCAAGGUCCGUUACGAGGAGGAGACCACCCGGACGACCAUCGUGCCCGAUAUCUCACACGAGGCGUUUGACACCAAGCGUCUCCGGGACUUUGACCUCAGCGGAGGUGUCUACAUUGUCACUGGCGGCGCUCGCGGUCUCGGACUCUGCCUCGCAGAGGCCCUAGCUGAAGCUGGAGGCAAAGUCCACUGCCUCGACAUCCUGCCCCACCCCGACGACGCCUGGUACACCGCCCAGUCCCGCGCCGUCCCUUUCGGCGGCAGUCUUCACUACCACCAGGUCAACGUCACCGACCAACCAGCCCUCGAAGACCUCGUCGCCCGCAUCGCCGAAGACCGUUGCCGCCUCGACGGCCUCAUCGCAGCCGCCGGCAAACAGAUGGUCAAACCCUCCCUCGACCACACCGUCGCCGACGCUCAAUGGCUGAUGAGCAUCAACUACACCGGCGUCUUUGCCUCCGCCACCGCCGCCGCGCGCCAAAUGCUGCGGUACAAGUCCCGCGGCUCCAUCUGCCUCAUCGCCAGCAUGAGCGGCCUUGUCGCGAACAAGGGCCUGACGUGCCCGGUCUACAACUCCUCAAAGGCCGCCGUUAUCCAGCUUGCGCGCAACCUGGCCAUGGAGUGGGGUAGGGUGCGUGAGGACGGGAGCGGGGGUAUUCGGGUGAACUGCAUCUCUCCGGGCCAUAUCCUGACGCCGAUGGUGAUGGCGGACUUCGAGCGGCAGCCGGGCUUGAAGGAGUUGUGGCAGAAGGAGAACAUGCUUGGGAGGCUGAGUACUCCUCGGGAGUACCGGGGGGCGGCGGUCUUUCUGCUUAGUCGCGCAAGUUCGUUCAUGACGGGCGCGAAUCUGGUGAUUGAUGGGGGCCACACGGCGUGGUAAGUGGGCCUGAUAUACCCCCUUUGGGCGCUCUUGGGCAUGAGCACGGCAGGUGGCGUCUGGGCGGAGGCCUUAAGCAUUGUACAGUAGCUGCAUAAUCCGACACGAGUUGGCC